AUGAACGACGAAGAAAUGAGUUGCGUAGAGGAAGGUGUAAAAAACAAAAAGGACAACAAGGUCCUUUACAUGCACCAAAUUUUGGAGAACCAAUUUGAUAAACAAAUAAAACAAGAACAAAAUAUCUAUGAAAGAAAUGCAGACUUAAGAAAGUACGAAGAUUAUAUUUCUCAAAAGAAAAAAAGGGCUUUCACCCUUGGAGCCAUUGAUGGAAUAGGUGGUAUUAGCUUCUUAAAUGCCCCUUUGAUGAAUCCUGAAAAUGCAAAGAUUGACCCACCCAUUUUACAAUUACCGUCGGCAACCAAUUUGAUAAAAAAUGUGCACGUUAAAGUACAUCUUGACAAGAACAUUGACAGGUCGUACAAAUACAGGACCCAAAAUAGUAACAAAGACAUUAUCAGGAAUAUGAAGCCGAUGUAUUCCUUGCCCGAGAAAGUUAUAACCUAUUAUAUGCACGAGGGGGGCCACUGGCGAGCGGAACAGAAUGAGGGGCGCAUUAGGGAAGGUGUUAUGGAGGAUCAUUUGGAGAACACCAAAGAAGAGAUUAAACCUGAUGAUGCGCAGAUGGACAAAAUUACGGACAACUGUACAAAUAGCAACGUAGACACGGAAAUAGAACCCCCCUGUGAAGACAUAGAAAUGGUGUACGUUGCUAAUGAUACGUCCGACAAAGCAUUUCACGAAGAGGACUACAAUAUAAAAAGCUCUUAUGUGUCUUCACCUCCCGUUGCGGAGAAAGAGGCGAUGUGGUCAAGGGGAACGACAAUGUUCCUCGAAGAAGCUCCCUUAGAAGCACACUUAGAAGCACCCUCAAAAGCGAAACUGGUUAAAAAAAACGAAGACCUGAAGACGCUAGCCAAUACGGCAAACACAUCUUCAAAUGAUAGAAACGAUACGAAAAUAAACAAAAAUUUGGAAAAUGAAGAUAACCUGAAUUUUUUUAAACUAAAUCAAAUAAUGUCACCUACCUUAACGAAUGCUCUUAAAAUGUUGGCGGACGACGCUUUCAUUUAG